CUUCAUAAUGCAUCUGCUGCCGCACAUUAGAUUCAUUGACAGACAGGUUUUUGUUGUGCAAAACAGCGGAGCUGGCUAUAAUAGCACAUGCAGGCUACCUAUCCCAUACGAUGCAUAUUUCACUUGUCCAGAUUUUUUUUUUACGAGCCCAGCUAAUAUUUUAGAUGCAGCGGUGUAUACUGUCGUUAACGAUGGAGUAAAUGUCCCGCUAGCCAGCUAACGUUAAUAAGGGACGUGCUAAACUAAGCUAAGCUAAGAUUGAAAUUCCAGCUGUCUUUUAACAGCCAUCAUCGAAGACGUAAAUAACAUAUUUUAACAUACUUGGUCAAUCUCAUUAGCAUGGACUCAAAUGUGCAGAAGAGACGUGAGAACAAGAAAUCGCUCCGCGUGAAAGUGAUCAGUCUUGGCAAUGCCGAGGUGGGCAAGAGCUGCAUCAUCAAGCGAUACUGUGAGAAGAGGUUUGUGCCCAAGUAUCUGGCCACCAUAGGGAUCGACUAUGGGGUCACCAAAGUUCAGGUGCGAGACAGAGAGAUCAAAGUGAACAUCUUUGACAUGGCAGGACACCCCUUCUUCUAUGAGGUACGUAAUGAGUUCUAUAAGGACAGCCAGGGGGUGGUGUUGGUGUAUGAUGUAGGUCUGAGGGAGAGUUUCGAUGCGUUGGACAGCUGGCUGGGGGAGAUGAAACAGGAGAUGGGUUCCAUGGUUAACAUGGAGAGCAUCGUCUUCGUUGUGUGUGCCAACAAGGUGGAUCUGGUUAAGCGUCGUGUAGUAGACGAGGGAGUGGGCAGGCUGUGGGCGGAGUCUAGAGGGUUCCACUACUUUGAGACGUCAGCACAGAGCGGUGAGGGCAUCAGUGAGAUGUUUCAGGCGUUUUUCUCCUCGAUAACGGACAUGUGUGAGAAUGGUGGGAAGCGCCCGGUUGCGGAGGUCACUGUCGGCUUCACCAAGGAGCAGGCCGACACCAUCCGACGCAUACGCAACAGCAAGGACUCCUGGGAUAUGCUGGGGGUAAAACCUGGAGCCACACGGGAGGAGGUUAACAAGGCAUACAGGAAGCUGGCUGUGCUGCUCCAUCCGGAUAAGUGCGUUGCCCCGGGCAGCGAGGAUGCUUUCAAGGCCGUGGUGAACGCUCGCACCUCCUUGCUCAAGAACAUCAAGUAGACACCGCCAACCAACGCCAGCUAGGGACUCCGGUCAAUGCUCCACACGCCACAUGGGCACCCUGACCCCUCGCCCCUAGAACGUCAUUAGCCUUUUCUACCCUCUCCUAAUCCCUUCUCCUAAACCUUCUCCCCCCCUCCCUGCUCUCCAACCCUCCCACCAGGUGCCAUUACAUUUUGCUACAACAGUGUUUUAUAAAGUCACUACUGAUGAUG